UGAUUUUUAAUUGAGUUAAAAACACGAUUAUUGUAUCUUAAGUCAAAAGAUUCUUCAGGGUUCACUCUCAGUAGAAGAGUUUUGGCAAAGUCGUGUUGGUAGAUUCUGCUUUUCUUAGCAGUAACUUUUCUAGAUGAAUGCACUCUGUUUUGAGAAAGCCUAUGCUGACAUUAGCAAGUUCACGUUGGAAGAAAAGUGAGUUCAGAAGAGAUGUCAGUGAGUACAAUGGAGUUAAUCACUUAGGAUCAUACUAUAUAUUUAGCAUGUCGUCUUCAUCACCAAUCACUAUUAUUAAAAACUGUUUGAAGUUAAUCUACCUUAAGUCUUCAUUUCGAAAUGUUUAAUUUUAUAAGAUUU